UCCUGUGUGAUGAUCGUGUGGAGGAGACGGUGAACCGGAAGUGCUUCUCUGCCGUGUCUGCCCUCGUCACUAAUGCUGACAUAGCUUUAGACUCAGGCUGGUGUGAUGUGCUCACAGGCUCAGUUCUGAGAAGGAAACACGCUUUCUCUUCCCCCCCCCACCUCUGCGCUCUGAUCGGCAGCACCCCGUCGCCAUGAGCACCAUGUUUGCAGACACCAUCCUGAUCGUGUUCAUCUCGGUGUGUACGGCGCUGUUAGCCGAAGGUGAAUCUGAUGUACGCAUGAAGUCCAUGUUCGCCAUUGGCUUCUGCUUUACAGCUUUGAUGGGCAUGUUCAACUCCAUCUUUGAUGGAAGAGUAGUGGCCAAACUGCCAUUCGUGCCACUGUCUUACAUCCAGGGUCUGUCGCAUCGUAAUCUCCUGGGCGAGGAUUUCACAGACUGCUCCUUUAUCUUCCUCUACAUCCUCUGCACCAUGUCCAUCAGACAGAACAUUCAGAAGAUGCUCGGCCUUGCGCCCUCUAGAGCUGCAACAAAACAGGCUGGUGGCUUCCUGGGACCUCCUCCUCAAGCAGCAAAGUUUUCUUAAUCCUCAGACAGGUUCUGUGCUUCUCCAGCAUUGCGACUGUGUGUCGUCACGGCUCCCUCAUCUGAGCACAUGCGGAGCUGCUCAGGCCGGAUCAAACGUAUUAUCUGUUGCAGCUACUGUGAUCACUGUCUUCUGUUUGAGUUUUCAUUCAUAUUUUGUUUAUUUAACUUGAAGAUUGUCUUACCUAGAAAUUAGAAAAAUAAAAAGUUGUUCUUAAUGACACUGAUUAACAAAUAUCUAUCUUGUAUUUGGGACAUGCCCAUUAUCAUUUUUUGGGGCAUUUUAAUUAUCAAUUGGCAUAGUAACACCUGAUCCAUUCAGUAUUAUUAUAUGAAAUUGUUAAUAAAUUUUUAUGAUCAAA